GAGAAAGCGAGAGAGAAAGCAAACUUACAAAAUAUGAGGACGUGAUAGCAUGUCAAACCCGGCUUUAGAAUCCUACAUGGCUAUAUAUUUCACCGUUGGCAUUUGAUAUGAAUAGCUAACUUUCUCCGUUAACAAGUAUGCAGUGAAUUAGUCAAGAAAAGCGAGCAAGAUAAACCUAUUAAUCAUAACCCUCAAGAGAUAACCAAGGCUGAACAAGUAGUCCACAACAAUUUCAUUUUGAAGUAUUUAGCCCAGGAUCAAGGAAGUAUAAAGUCAUGAGAUGAGCUUAUUUAUUCAAGAUAAGUGUAAUCGUUGUCGUUCUCAAUUAUGUGCGUGGUGCGUGUGUGGACAAUUUAAUAAGUAAAAUGUGACAGCGGAGGAUAACCAGACCGCACAGGGAUUAUAUUUUGUUGCUUGAGCAUAGUUUCUACAUUUCUGAAUUUAUGACCAUUUUGUAACCUACUUUCUGAAGAGAAAUCAAACUACAGCCAUCAUGUGGACGAAACCAGAAGAGAUCCUUGUCGCCAAUGCAUUCUGGGUGACUGAACGAACGAAUUUGUAUUUUAUACUUCAGACGCGAAGGGGUCACGGGACGGCAAAAAAUAACUUGGCGUCCUUGAUCGUGGGUACAUUUGAUAAUGUUUUGGACUCCAAGCCACCUCCGUAUCGGAUCCUUCAUCAAACUCCAAAUUCAGAAGUUUACUACUUGGUAGCUGUGUCAGUAAGCCAAAAGGAAAUAUGUGGAGAUUGGGAAUGGCUUGAAAAAAAUAUGAUGUCGACACUUGCAAAUUUUGAUGAUGAAGAUCAGAUUACAGAUUUUGUUAGAUGUAAAAUCGAAAGCCUUGUCGCCCAUUCACAACCAAGUGCUACAGCUGAUGAUACAGAAACGGAAGCGUUUAAAACAGCAUCUCAGAAAUUUCAGAGGCUUUUUGGCAUGCCACCAGAAGAGAAGCUAGUGAAUUAUUACUCUUGCGGAUACUGGAAGGGGAACUUCCCACGACAAGGGUGGCUGUACCUCAGUGUUACACACAUGUGUUUUUAUUCAUAUUGGUUGGGAAAAGAGUUCAAAAUUCUUACACGCUGGACUGAUGUUUGUUCAUUGGAGCAAACAAAUUCAUUCGUAUUUCCUGAUUCCAUUAAAGUUUCUACACGGGAAACUUCGUAUCAUUUCUCAAUGUUCAUGCACAAGGCUGAGACUUUUAAGUUGAUGUCCCAAUUGGCAAAUCUUGCGAUGCGACAAUUAAUUGAUCAAGAAGGGUUCCAAGAGGAUCGAGAUCUCAUUUCGAAGCUUAGCAAAAAUGUACCUAAGAAACCUUCAUAUCUAAAACGAGAUUUUGAUGCAAGAGCUCAUUCGGAAGCAUUCAGAUCAUUUUUUCGUCUCCCUGUUGAUGAAAAAUUGGAUGGCACCCUUGAGAAAGUUGAAAUUUGGGACCCUUCAAAGAAAAAGUCUGUAGCUGGAACUAUGUACCUGUCCAACAAUUAUGUUUGUUUUCAAAGCAAGGUGCCCAUGUUGAUAAAUGUGAUAAUCCCUUUACGAGAUGUGAUUGUGAUUGAAAAUGCUGCAUCGCAUAGUCCUGCUGAAAGAGCCAUUUUAUUCACUACUAAAUACAAGUCUUCCUUCCUGUUUAUGCAAGUGGAUGACCGAGACUUCUUGGUCAAUAAAUUAUCUGAACUACUGUCCAAAACCAGUACAUGUCGCAGAUUGACAGAAAGCUGUGGAGACUCGACUAGUUUGAGCAGCUCAUCAAAUAGUUUUGUACUGUUGGAAUCACCUCCAGAAGAAGUUAAACUAAGUCGCCUACAAUCUGAACAAGUUUUGACUCAACCCCUGAUGGAAAUGUUUCCUAUGCCCAUACAUGGAGACCUACAAGAGAGAGAACUUUCCAAAUCUAAAAAGUGGGAGCAACUAUUUCUUGAUUAUGGUAGAGGAAUUUCAAUGUAUCGGACCUAUGAGACGGCAGAACUUGUAGUUCGAGGCAUUCCAGAUAAAUACCGUUCAGAGAUUUGGCUGAUUUAUUCUGGUGCGGCCAACGACUUGGCAACACACCCCGGCUAUUAUGCAUCACUGGUGGAGCAAUCAGUAACUCGGCGAAGUCAAGCUAACGACGAAAUAGAGCGUGAUUUACACCGUUCCCUUCCGGAACAUCAAGCCUUUCAUGAGGACAUAGGUCUAGAUGCCCUGAGACGAGUCCUUUGUUCUUAUGCAACACGAAAUCCACACAUUGGAUAUUGUCAGGCGAUGAAUAUGCUGGCCUCCGUUUUUCUGUUGUAUUGUAACGAAGAGGAAGCGUUUUGGCUGCUUGUUGCUGUUUGUGAAAGAUUACUACCAGAUUAUUACAACAGGAGAGUAAUAGGAGCCCAGGUUGACCAGCGUGUUUUGUUUGAAUUAUUGAACUUGCAUAUGCCAAAAUUGCAUGGACACCUGCAGAAAUUGGGUCUGAUUGGAAUGAUCUGCUUGAGCUGGUUUCUUACACUGUACUUGAGUUGCCUAUCGUAUGAUUGUGCUGUCUUUAUAAUGGAUUGUUUCUUUUACGACGGAGUCAAAGUUGCAUUCAGCAUUGCGCUUACCAUGUUGGAUGCAAAUGAAGAGGCUUUGCUGAAAUGCAAAGAUGAAGGAGAAGCAAUGCAAUUGUUAAAUGAAUAUCUGUCUGGGAUUUUUCUCGUACAAAGUGAUAUAAUUGAUGGCGAUGACAUGAAAGAUCUGAGUCGAACUCCGAGCCCUCAGUUGAUGAUGACAAUUUCUGCAGGGACACCGGUGGGUCCAAAGUCACGAAUGGAGACAUGUCACAAGAAAAGCGUCUCUAUCACUACUUUAAUUUACGAGUCCUACCGCAAAUUUGGGACACAAAUUACUACCGAAAGAAUUGAUAGAAUGCGAUUGAGACAUCGUGUGAAAGUUGUUCAAAGUUUGGAAGAUGCCGUUUUAAGGAACGCACUUCGCUCCAUUCAGAAACCAAUAUUAUUUUCAGAUGAAGAAUUAAACGAUUUAUUUUGGCUCGUGCGUGGGGACCACUUAUGGCAAGUAGCAUGUGGAUUUUACCACAACGGUGGUGGACAAACUGGCGAAGAUCAUAGCCAAGGCGCACUAAGAAUAGAUUUGGAUCAAUUUCGGUCUACAUUCAUGGCCUUUAGUCCUUGGGGGAGUAAUGGAAAUCCACGAAUGCACGAUUUGGCGGACAGAAUUUUUAAGCUGUUCGAUGCAACUGGAAAUGGAUUCUUGACAUUUAAUGACUUGGUGCACAUUAUUGCUCUAACGGGCAAAGCUGAAGCUAUUAAAAGGUUAAGAUUCUUGUUUAUCCUUCACUUACCUCCGUUGUUGGAUACUAACUUGGAAACUCCUACAACACAUCCUCAAGACAGUUCAGCAGAAAUGGCAACGGAUGCUUCCGAGUUUUUUGCAAGUGUUGAAACUUUGAGGUCCAACAUUGAGACGUUCGAAUUGAGUGAUGACUCUACUUCACGCCCUAGUAGUCAAUUGAGUUUAUCCAAAGAAAACCUUUUGGCGACAUAUCGGGAUGCUUGUUUGUCUGAAUCAUCUUCUGUGCCCCUGCCACCUAUGGAUCAGCCACACUUUAUUGCCAUGUGGAGAUCUUUUUACGAUAUCUUUAUUGAGCACAAAUAUGAGCAAGAUGCAUAUCAUUCAAUUGUCAGCGUCGGAACUCUAUUAAUUUCUCUGGGUGACGUCGGGAAAAAUCACAAAAAUUGUCCUUCACCUUUGCAAUCAGGAAGCUCGUCUACCUCUAGAAACUCAAUGUCGCCUAUGUCUAGGGAAUCCUCUCCCCCUAUAGACGUAGAGAAUGCUAGGAAGGGAGUUGAUAGACCGAAAUCAUUAGCCUUGAGAAUCCCAGCAGCAGAUCAGCAUUCUGUUGCAGAUAAGGAUGAAGUUGGAGAUGAGUGGCACAUCACGUUUGAACAAUUUCUGGCUUCGAUACUUACGCAACCAGUGCUUGAUGAGUAUUUCAAUGUGAAGAUAGAUUUGAAGAACCUCAUUGAGAAACACAAGGACAAGCGACUUUUACGUCAGACAAGUCUAUCGUCUUCCCCAGAGUAAACUCAGAGUAACUUUUAAAAUUAUCUUGAUACUUACACUUGGUUACAUUUAAAAAUAUUUUCAACUAUGUAUAAUGACCGGCAUUCAUUAUUUUUUAUAUACUUGGACUCGAUUUAUUGGACCAUUUUUCUUAUUGCCACUUUAUUCGAGAAAGUAUCGUAAUUUUAUAUAAUCGGGAAAAUUUUCAUUUUAUUUUGAAGACAAAUUUCUAUAAGUCAGACAUCGUAUUUUAACUAUAGUUUCUUAUGUAACGCAUAAAUUCAUAACUUAUACUAGCGCUUAUCAUCUAUUUAGAUGUAAAAUGAAAAAUAUAAUGAAAAGGUGAACGAUGUUUUUUUAAAGUACGCCAUGAUACUUUAUCAUUCCGAUCUGAUUUCGCUAAUAAAGGAUACACAAAAAAAUGUUUAAUAUAAAACAA